GGCGGUUCCGUACUUCAGCGGCAAUGGGCGGACGCUCCAAUCGGGGUGGAACAUCGUUAAGCACGGCUGCAUUGCUCACCUGAUUGCACGCGCCUUCAAUCGCGGUGGGAGAGGUGCGCGCAGGUGGGUGGCGAGGAAGGUUGCUUUUCCUGUCCGAAGAGCGGAAUGGAGGGUUGCGAUCGCGAUGGUCGUGCUGUGCUGUCCAGUGCGGAGAAGACAGUUAUCGCAGCGGCUGCUGUCGCAGUUGUCCGUCGAUUCCAACUAGAGAGGGCGGCCGGGCACAUGAAAGUGACGCUUUCCAGGCGACGGCAGAGGCUUCUGCUGCAGAGGGUGUUGGACGCCCCGGACUGCGUUACCAGUUCUGAGGCAGCGCUUCAACUAUGCUUUGCAAUAGGGUGCGGUGUGCUUCCUCGGUCGACGCCACGUUGGUGGAUGAGGCGGAGAACCGGUGGGACUUGGGAGGAUUUGCGGCUCUGUGAUGACGCGACGGACGACUACUUCCGGGAAAAGCUCCGCGUGUCGAGGAGAGUUUUCAUGGAGAUCAGCGAAGCCUGUGCACCUCUCUUGCAACGACAGGUGACGUUCUACAGAGAGCCACUUCCGCCGGAGCAGAUCGUCGCCUAUGCGCUGUACAGGAUAUCGUGGCCGACGGGGGUGCGGAAACACAUCGUGCUGCGGGCGUUUUUGGACAAGGGCUUUCCAAACUGCCAUGGCGCAGUUGACUGCACACACAUCUAUGUGGACAAACCGACGAACGCGCCCGACGAGAACUACUUCGACCGCAAGCACCGUUUCUCUGUCAUUGCGCAGGUGGUGGUGGACCUGGAUCUGCGUGUGCGAGACGUGUUCGUUGGAUAUCCGGGGAGCUGCCACGACAUCAGGGUGAUCCAACUGUUGAGUCUGUCGAGGCGCGUAGUGGUGCCGUACAAAGGAAUCAAUAAGCACCCGGACGAGGAAAGGUUCGACACGAAGCAGAAGGUCGCAAGAGCGGCUGUGGAGAGGGCGUUCGGGAGGUUGAAGGAGAUGUGGAGGCUCUUCCUGCGGACACACAAGACAAACCUGGAAACACUACCACAACAGUUCACGGCAGUCUGCAUUCUCCACAAUAUCCUCCUCGAUGUCGGUGUCGAGUUCGACGAGAAUUUGUUGUGGGAGGUCGACGAGAACGGGGUGAGGCGCCGAGUGGACCUGGGGAUUCAUCGUCCCCUGCAGCCAGUGUCGAUGUUGAGGUCGACCAGUCCCGCCCUCGCGCUCCGCAACGUGCUGGCAGAGCGAAUGAAACACAUGUGAUCCUGUGCACCGCCUGCAUCUUUCACGC